CACUGCCGUGUCCACGUGCCAUGUGUACACAGCCAGGCGAAGCUGUGAUAAGCGCGCUUGUGUGUGUGUGUGUGUGUGUGUGCGCGCGCGCUGCAGGACCACGUUAGCUCGCACAGUGUGUGUGUGUGUGUGUGAGAGAGAGAGAGAGAAAGAAAGAGAGAAACGAAACACUCCUUCACUUUGUGGUAUAUUCUUUAAAAAAAAAAAAAAAAAAAAAAAGACACGUCGUGACGCACUUUGCGCGCGUGGAGAAGUUGGCGCACGUUCGCGCGUGGAGCCGUGCCUGCCACACCUUCCUGCAGGCUCGAUCCGCAAAAUGAUGGAGCGCCCCGGGGCGCGCCCACUGUGAUCCAGGCGGCCUUCAUCACCUCGAGCGGCGCGUCUCCGAAGUGGCGAGAGGACUGCGGACCGAGUAGAAGGACGGCUUUCUGCUCGCUCCAAGAGCUGUUUUUCUCACUCUCCCGGCUCGAUCUCUCAUCCCAUCUGUUGGAGCACUUAUGCCAAGGCCGUUUCGUAACCAGAAAUUCAUCACUUGUGUGCAGCCUUUUUGAGUGACACUUUUCGUCCAGAUAAGGAAGACACUUUUUUGUUGUUGUUGAUGCUUUUUUUUUUUUUUUGUGAUUUAAAAGGAUUUUAACCGUUUACACUCGGGGUUAUCUGCCCCAGCUUUUUAACAACUCCUCAGUAUUGCAGAAAAAAAGAUGAAUUUCUCUCCUUAGUUUAACUCGACUCACAGCAGCGACUAUGAUUCACGUCUAUAUACACAGCAGUCCCACUUAAAAUCGCGUCGCUCCUUUUUAAAAAAAAUUUUUUUGCCUUGGCUGAAUCGAGCUGCUCCGGCCUCAUCCUACUCUAGCAUGAGUUAUGACAACUCUAAAUCAACGCCCAGCAGCAGCGCUCACGGCCGAGUGGCGGGGGCCGCCGCCGAGAAGGACCAGGAGGCGGCGUCGCCCGGUCUGAAUGUGCAGGAGACCGGCGGCGGCGGCGGUCAGGCCGAGGCCAACGCCGCCGCGCAGGAGGAGGACGGCAGGGCCGGAGGAGGAUCUCCGGGGGACCGGAUGGGGCCGCAGUCGGACGACAUGGACGGGCUGUCCAGUGGAAACGACUCCGGGGAGAGGGAGAGCGAGGACGGGAAGAGGUCCCACGGACACAAGUCCACACACAGCUCGCACAGCCACGGGUCGUCCAACGGGAAGGACUCCGGCAUGAUGCUGGAGACGACGGAGAGCAACAAGAGCUCCAACUCCCAGAACCUGUCGCCCCCCAGCGGCUCGCUGGCCUACAGCCUGCUGUCCAACAGCUCGGAGCACGACCCCCCCUCCACCUCCGGCUGCAGCAGCGACCAGUCGGCUCGGGUCCAGACGCAGAAGGAGCUGAUGAAGGCCAUCAAGGAGCUGAAGCUCCGCCUGCCCACCGAGCGCAAGUCCAAGGGACACUCCAGCACCCUGAGCGCGCUGAAGUACGCGCUGCAGUGUGUCCGGCAGGUCCGAGCUAACAAGGAGUAUUACCAUCAGUGGAGCGUGGAGGAGUGCCACGGCUGCAGCCUGGACCUGUCCGCCUUCACCAUCGAGGAGCUGGACAACAUCACGUCAGAAUACACCCUCAAGAACACUGACACGUUCUCCAUGGCGGUGUCCUUCCUGUCGGGGAAGGUGGUGUACGUCUCGCCGCAGGGCUCCUCGCUGCUGCGCUGCAAGCCCGAGUGUCUCCAGGGGACGGUGUUCUCGGACCUGCUGGCCCCGCAAGACGUCAGCACUUUCUACAGCAGCACGGCGCCCUGCCGCCUGCCACCCUGGGCCUCCUGCUUCGGCUCCGCCUCGCCGCCGGUCGACUGCACCCAGGAGAAGUCCAUGUUCUGCCGGAUCAGCGCCGACCGGACGCACAGCGGCGACAUGCGCUACUACCCGUUCCGCCUCACGCCCUACCAGCUCACCCUGCGGGACUCGGACGCCGCCGAGCCCCAGCCCUGCUGCCUGCUGAUCGCAGAGCGCGUCCACUCGGGAUACGAGGCCCCCCGCAUCCCUCCAGACAAGAGGAUCUUCACCACCAGUCACACUCCCAGCUGCCUCUUCCAGGAAGUCGACGAGAGGGCCGUGCCGCUGCUCGGCUACCUGCCUCAGGACCUGGUGGGAACCCCCAUCCUGCUCUGCAUCCACCCCGAGGACAGACCCAUGAUGGUGGCCAUUCACGAGAAGAUCUUUCAGUUCGCGGGGCAGCCGUUCGACUACUCCCCCCUGCGGAUGUGCGCCCGCAGCGGCGAGUACCUGACCAUCGACACCAGCUGGUCGUCCUUCGUCAACCCCUGGAGCAGGAAGGUGGCGUUCAUCGUGGGACGCCACAAAGUCAGAACGAGCCCCCUGAACGAGGACGUGUUCACCACGCCGCCGGGCUGCGAGAGCCGGGUCACCACGCCGGACGUCGUGCAGCUGAGCGAGCAGAUCCACCGCGUCCUGGUGCAGCCGGUCCACAGCGGCGGCUCGCAGGGCUACAGCUCGCUGGGCUCCAGCGGCUCCCGGGGCUCCCGCCGCUCCCACCAGCAGCACCUCAGCGCCUCGGCCGCCUCGUCCAGCGACAGCAAUGGCCCCGCCGCCGACGAGGCCGCCGUCGCCCUGCAGAAACCCAUGACGUUCCAGCAGAUCUGCAAGGACGUCCACAUGGUCAAAACCAACGGGCAGCAGGUUUUCAUCGAGUCUCGCAAUCGUCCACCACCGAGAAAAAACUUCAACGCCGGCGCUGCGAAGCUCCGGGCGCUGAACAGCGACCCGUUCCGAGGCCUGAUCGUGGACAUGACGAAGCCCCCGAAAGCUCUCGUCCCCGCGCCGCUCGUCCAGAACGAGCCCUCCACUGGAUACUCCUACCAGCAGAUCAACUGUCUGGACAGCAUCAUUCGGUACUUGGAGAGCUGCAACAUUCCCAACACUGUGAAGCGGAAGUGCGGCUCCUCCUCCUGCACGGCGUCCUCGGUGUCCGACGAUGACAAGCAGGAGGCCAGCGGCGGCAACAAAGGCGCCUCGGCCGUUAAUCUGGUGGGCGAGCCGCCCCCCCUGCAUCCUCUGACCAUGGCCGCCAAGGCGGAGAGCGUCGCCUCGGUCACGUCUCAGUGCAGCUUCAGCAGCACCAUCGUUCACGUGGGAGACAAGAAGCCGCCCGAGUCCGACAUCGUCAUGGAGGAGGCUCCCACGACUCCGACGCUGGCUGCUCCUCCUCCCACCACCACUCCAACGCCUCCUGCCACCACUUCAAUGCCUCCUGCAAGUGCAGCCAUCCCUCCUCCCCCUCCUCCCCCUCCUCCUCCUCCUCUCCAUCAGUCCAGUCAGCCGGAGAGGGACAGCCGGCGGCGAGGGGGGGACGUCGGGGCGGCGGGAGGCUCGGGCCCGGCCGGCGGCGGCGGCGGCGCCGGCGGCGGCCGCUUGGGCCUGACCAAGGAGGUGCUGUCCGCCCACACCCAGCAGGAGGAGCAGGCGUUCCUCGAUCGCUUCAAGGACCUCAGCAAGCUGCGGGUGUUCGAUCAGACGGCGUCCUCCACCGUGCGCUGCAACGCGCCAACUGCGAACCCGCUGUCACGAGGAGUGCGCUGUUCUCGGGAUUACCCCGCCGCCGGCAGCAGCUCCGGUCACCGACGCGGCCGCGGCGGGAAGCGACUCCGACACCAGGAGUCCACCGACCAGCACAGCCCCCUGGGCCCCGGCGGGCAGCUCCGAGACCCCCGGGCCGCCGCGGCGCAGAUGCCCCUCAGCGUGCCUCUGGGGGCGCCCACGGCCUCCAGCUCCUGGCCCUCCGUCGGCUCCCAAGCCAGCAUUCCCACCACGCCCUUCCCGCCCAGCAUGCUGCCCAUCUACCCCGUCUACCCGCCGUUCGCCCAGGCCGUGCCCGGGGCGGACCCGUCGCGUUUCCCCCAGCCGCAGAUGGGGCCCCCCAUGAUGGCCCUGGUUCUGCCCAACUACCUGUUCCCCCAGAUGACGCCCCCCAUGUCCCAGCCGGGCGCCGCGCCGGGACACUUCUACAACCCCAACUUCCCCUACCCCGUGGCGCCGCCGCUGGCCGCCGCCCCGCCGCUCGUCCCCAACCCGAUGGCCGUGCCGGCGCCCUGCGCCCCGUCCCGCAGCAGCACGCCGCAGUCCUACGGCCACGCCCCCGCCGACCGCGAGGGCGCCGAGUCCCCCCUCUUCCAGUCCCGCUGCUCCUCCCCCCUCAACCUGCUGCAGCUGGAGGAGUCUCCCUGCAACCGCCUGGAGGUCGCCUCGGCGCUGGCCGCCUCGCAGCAGGCCGCGCCGUCCGCGCAGGGCGGGCCGGCCGGGGCGGCGGCCUCGGCCAACCAGGGCAGCUCCGACGACGCCUCCAAAGAAAAUGAGAAUGGUGAAACUCAAGAGUCCAACGACGCCAUGUCCAUCUCCAGCGACCUGCUGGAUCUUCUGCUAGCGGAAGACUCCCGCUCGGGCACCGGCUCGGCCGCCUCUGGCUCCGCCGCCUCCGGCUCGGGCUCCUCCGGGACCAGAUCCUUGGGCUCGGGCUCCGGCUCCGGAUCCAACGGCUCCCACGGGUGCAGCUUGUCCGGCACCAGCGGCACCAGCAGCAGCCAGGGCAGCCACACCAGCAAGUACUUCGGCAGCAUCGACUCGUCGGAGAACGAUCACUCCCGCAAGCAGCCGGCGGGGGGCGGCAGCGGCGGCGAGGACCAGUUCAUCAAGUGCGUCCUGCAGGACCCCAUCUGGCUGCUGAUGGCCAACACCGACAACAAGAUCAUGAUGACCUACCAACUGCCUGCCAGAGACAUGGAGACGGUGCUGCGGGAGGACCGCGAGGCUUUGAGGAACCUGCAGAAGCAGCAGCCUCGCUUCACGGAGGAGCAGAAGCGGGAGCUGAGUCAGGUUCACCCCUGGAUCCGCACGGGCCGCCUGCCCCGGGCCAUCAACAUCUCCGGCUGCACGGGCUGCAAGUCGCCCCCCGCCGUGGUCCCCACCACUCCCUUCGACGUGGAGAUCCACGAGAUGGAGCUGUGCCUCCCGCUGUCGCUGCGCUCCGAGGAGAACGCCGACCAGGCGGAGGCGACGCUGACGGAGACCAACAUGGACGACGUCCCUCCGGAAGACGAGGAGGAGGAGGAGGGCGGCGAGGAGAAGGCCGCCGUCAUGGAGGACGGCAGCCAGGACAUGACGGUGGAGGAGCAGAGGUCCGAGGCGGCGGCGGCGGCGGCGGAGGAGAAAGCAGAAACCUGACUGCCUUUUUUUUUUUUCCCUCCGCCGGGCGAGACUUUAUCAGUGGGUGGCCAAAGACGACGGACCCACCGUUUAUCUUGACGUUUCAGAAAACGUCCGCCGGGACACCGAGGUGCUCAUCAGUCCACGCUCCACGGUUCAGGCCGGAAACGGCGCCACGUUAUCGGCCACUUUGUUUUCUUUCUACGUCGAGUCGGACUCGGAUGUAGCGCAGCAGGCACGGUGCCUCAAAUCACCGGGGACACACACACACACACACACGUGUGCACACACACACUUUCCCAGUGACACCUCUCGCUCCACCCCCCCCUCCUCCUCUCGUCCAGCUGUUCUCAUAGUUCACGGCGUAUUUAUUUAAAGUGGUAAGAUAAUCAGAUGAGACGAAGGUGAAUGUGUUACAAAGAGACGAAGCGGCGCCCGAUGGACUCGGCGCCGAACCGAACUCCUGAGAGGAACCAAGGGAGUUUUGUUUCUGACUUCUUACUGAAUGUUUCUGGGAUCCUGUUCCUGUCCUGAUCCUGUUUCUCUCUCUUGGAAGCUAUUUUUUCUUUUCACUAACAGUCCAGCUCCAAAAAACAACAACAAAGAAAAAGAGAACAAAGUACUUUGACCUGUGAGAAAAUGUACAUUGAGAACCGGUUUAUUUUGUCAGAUUGUGUAUAUUUUUAUACGGUCAUCCACAUAAACGGUGUAUUUUAGAAGAGUCUUUAAAAUUGGAGUCUAAAUUCUAUUUCAUAUGUAUCUGUGGCUAAAGAAAGGAGAGCGUGUUGGGAUUGGUGCGUUUCGCCCUGCAGUGAGACGGAGGAGCUUUCGUUCUGCCAGUGACGGCUUGUGAAAGAGGUGGAUGCAACUCUUAUUUUCUUAAAUUUUAAUUGAGAGAAAAAAAAAAACAAACUCUUGGAGUCUUUCCCUCUUUCUCCUCCUCUCUGUGGCGCUGUUCUGGUCGUGUGGUAUCUCUGCUUUAUGGAGUCAGUGGCGUCUGCGACAGUUUCUUAAUAUUUUUUUGUGAAUUCUUUGUACAAAAAAAGACAAUAAAACUACUUGAAAGAC